UCUGCCUGGCUCGGAUGGAAUCGUGAGUUCGCAUCCUAGCUAAUCUCAAUCGAAUUUGAGCUAAUAACGUGUUAGCCAAAUAAGUAUUAACUCUAUAUUAUAUAGCUAAAAUAGAACACAAUGUAUUGUCAUGCAAUGUAUAUUUUCAACUAUGGCUAGGGCUUGGCGCUUGAGCUGUUUUGCAAAGUAACGUUACUGAAGUAGCAAAUAACGUUAGCUAACGUUACAGUAGCUGCUUGAUUGCAUUGCAUGUUUAGGUAAACUACGUAAAACUCCUGUCUCGACAUUAUGGCUGAGGCUCGUGUCAUUCCAAGUGGGAAAGUCUACCGCCAGAUGUUUGACGCCCAGGUUCAGCUGUCAAGGUCUCUACAUGAUACUCGGAGGAAACGUGAGACUAAUGAAGGAUUCUUACCAAGGGACAAUCCUCCUCUUAGUAGGGACACAGACACUGGUCUGCAGCAGCGGAUUAGAACUCUUCAGGCUGAAACCCACCAAUGCUCAGAGGAAAUGGCUGUUAGGGACCAACUGUUCUCAGGCAUCAAGCAUUGCCAUACGAGUGAGGAGCAGCUUGUUGAGGAGGAGAUCCGUGGACUUCCUGACCAUGUUGUGGCAGAAAAGCCAGGGUCAGACAUCAUUGACCGCCUGAUGGAGAAAAAGCAGAGGAACCACCUAGAGGCUGUGGCACAGUUGUACAGGGACCUUUCUGUGCUCAGUGUGGAGUAUGAGACAUUAUUCAGGCAAACUGGGCAAGAGGUGCUGCACCAACUCUCAGUGUAUGAUGGCAAUGUGGAGAGACAAAUGCAGAGGAUUGAAAAUAUUUCUGAUUUGGAGAAGUUCACCUUACAGGGACUUCAUGAGUUCUGGGAUACAGUGAAACAAGAGUCAGUGAUUAGGAGGAAGUGGAUCAAGGAUCUGGAUGAUACCCUGGCUAAGUAUGAGUCUGACAGAACAGCCAUGAUUGCAGCAUUGCUGAGAAAAUACACAGGGAAACUGGAAAAAGUCUGCUACGUAAUGCCUUCGGAUAUCCACCGACUGAUCAAUAGAGAAGCCAUGAUGAUAAACCAGGCUAUUCUAGCAAAUAGACGAGCAGUGGCCAAGCUCUACCUGAACCUGAUGGAGAAUGAUCUACAGAAGGAGGUAUUCCACCGACUCAGAUGGGAGGACAAACUGCAAGACUGGAAGAGUUUUAAGGUCCUUGGUGUGGUCAGCAGGUUCAAAGUUUUCAUGGGAAGCCCUCCAAUCCAAGGGCCUAAGGACGUACAAGCUAUUCUGGACACCAUGAGCGCAGCACAGCAAUCUUUUAGAGAAAAACGCAUCAAAAUUCUUCAGUCACUCACUGCCAUGAUACCUCCAAGAUGUUCAAAGACUCUAAUCGCUGAGUGGUAUAACUCUUUGUCAUCUGUCAAUGAGCAAAUUGAUUGUAUGCACAUUGAAUCAAUGAGGAAGCUACAUUCCUAUUAUGAAAAUACUUGGCAAGAAUGCCUAGCAGAGGUAGAACAAGUCAAGAAAGAGAUUACUACAUAUGGGGUUUCUCCAGAAGAGAUCCAGGAUACUGUUAAUGUUGAGUUCCUGCCUCUGAUUGGGAAAUGCCAGAGCCAGACCGAGGAGCACCUUGCCACCAUGGAUAGAGCGUUUGAGUCUUUGGCCAAGAGAGCUGCUGUGCUAAGUAAGUCACUUUUCAAAUUCACACGUGGAGCAUCUCACCUGUGGGAGGUGCACAGUGCUGGGCUGCAGAGGAGGGAGCAGCAGCUGCAAGACCAGCUGGACGAGGUGCGCUACAGUCAGGAGCAUGAAAUCCAGAAGAAGGAGGCUAAUCUUGAUGUUAUGUUGGACAGACUGAGACAGGAGAGCACUGAAGAGGCACUCAAAAUCACGCUGGAGAAGACUCUACACUCCCUGGAUGAAAUAAAACUUGUAUACAUGCACUUCUACAAAGAAGAGGUGGACACAGUGGAGAGUUAUCCUGCCAUGGUCUUGGAGGAGCUGCACUCUUACAGCUUUGCUGUCAGUCGAUUCUUCAACGUCAAGGAGAUAUAUACCGGUAGUCAGGACUCUGAGGAACUUCGCUCCCUUUAUCCCGUCAUAAACCUUGAUUUAAGUGGGAGGGCCAGUGUGAAGAGGACAAGACAGACCACUGUACAGGGAAGGAAACGUUGUCCGGGAGGAUUCCAGAAAAGUCCAAAUCCAGCACAUUCAUCCUUUGAUGAAUUUGACACUGAGGAUGUCAUGGAUUCCCAUCGGGAGUUUCUUGACUCUCAGUCCAGUGAGACAUUCUGCACCUCUAAAGGCAAUGUGUACAACGGUCAGAGCUUUGUCUCUCAAUGGGACACGGAGCAGGAUUCCAUUCCAUCUGAGAUGGAGUUGGUCGUGUUCCCCAGAAGUCUUCUUGCGGAUCUACAAAAAGAUAUACGUCUGUUGUUUUUCAAUCACCUCGAAGAGCGAUAUCAGACUGCUCUGACCAACACGAUGAAUAUUGUGGCAGCCAAGAAGGAAGCACUGAAGUCAGAGCAGGAUCUCCGGCUGCACCUCCACCAACCACGGGCUAAGAGAAUCGAGGUGGACAUCCACAAUGUCCGUGCUGCGGAGCUGGUACUGCACAGAGAUCGUGUGGAUAGGCACUGUAAAGGCAUCUUGCAGGCCCUUGGCAACUGCCGAACGGACUUCCACGAACUCCAGAUUCGACAGCACAAACUGACUGAGGACUUCAGAUCCCAGAUUUACAGCAUGGAGGAUGUCUUUACCUAUGCCACCAAGUCAGACGUGCUGGUUGGACUAUGUGGUACGCUGCAAUCCAAUUUGGAGAGCCACAUGAACAUCAUUCAGGCAUCACAGAGAAACUUCAGACAGACUCUGGAGUCCAAGCUGGAUGGCCUAAGAGAGACCAACGUCCAGUUAAUCAAAUCCUUUAAGCUGUUCUCAGAUGGAGGGAACUUCACACCCAAAGAGAUAGAGGCGCAUCACAAACGGAUUGAGAAAAUGGUUAAACGUAUCGACACCAACGACGAGGCCAUAAUGCUGGAUAUGGAGGGGACAGAGUCCAAGUGUCAGGAGCUGGCGAAGGAUGUGAUAAACAGAUUUGAGGAGAAAUUCCACUUUUUGACAGUGGAUUUGAAGUUUCUGGAGAAAAUCCAAGGAAUGCUAACAAAUACACAGGUUCAGAUAAAAACAGAGGCAACAAAGAGCAACAUGCAAAAUAAGAAAAUCAACAGCCUCCUGACAGAGUUAAAAUGUUUGGUAGAUACUUGUGCCAGAAGCAGUCCAGAAAAGACAGUGACGACAGAUGAUGUUUUCACUUUUACGUGGUCUAUAAUAGAGGAAUUGAGGGCACGAUGCCAUUAUCUCCAAUGCUUUUUGAACCCUUCCUUGGCAGUACUGAUGCCUGAAUGCCCUCUCCAGGGGGCCUUCGCUGUAGCAGCACGCCCAAAGUCCCGCAAGUCAGCAAGCCCUGCCAUAGACGGUCUGCUCCAGCCCAGCCGCAUGGGGGUGUCCUUCAUGGAUGAUGUGGCCGUGGGGGUCAUCCGGGGACUGCUGAGGCUAAGCAAGCCUAAAGUCACCCAGGAAGCCAAUUCAGAGUCGACAGAGAGGGUCUCAGCAGCAGUCACAGUCAGGUUGUCAUCUCCUAUUGGGCAGAGGUCAGGGGAUUCUGCCGAAUCUGUCAGUGCACAAAGUGUGAAGAGGUUUUCUAAACCCACUCGCUUUGACAAGAGAUUCCAGGUGUUUGGUCCCAAACCAGAGACACAUGGCGUAACUACUUUCAAAAGUUUGAUAACCAGCAUUCUUUGGAAGACCAAUGAUAUUCUUCUCCUGGUUGCUGAGGAGUUCUAUAAGAAGAAGGAACGCCGGCCUAUCACAAGGCCUCAGUACCUCCAGGAGACGUUUGAACAAUGUGCUGAGGAGAUUAACAAAAGGCUGCUCGUCUACCAGAGCCAAACUCAGGACUACCACAACAACUGUCUGCAAGAAUUCCGACAGCAGCUGAAAGACAUUGAGGAGGGUCUUUCCAAGGUGCCAGGGGUGCUCAUCUCUAAACUGGGAGAACAACACCUGGGGAGCCUGAGCCAGGACACGGACAACAUCCGUAAACAGCUAGGCAUCACUCUGCAUGAGAGCGAAGGGAGGAAGAAAAAGCACAGUGGCAUGCUGAGUGUGCGUCUGAGCCAUCCUGCUUGUGAGAAAGAGCUGGAGGCCUUGAAUCGUGCUGAAGAGGAGAGACAAAGAGAGCUGACCAAUGCCAUCACGAACACUCUGCAAGAGCUACAAGCAUGUGUGAGGAAACAUGGGGAGGAGUUUGUGAGAGCACUCACCUCUCUGACAGAGAACCUGCUGUUCCAGAUGGACAACCUCCUGACCGUAGAUGAGGUCCAAGUUGGCCAAGCUGAAAUGAAGAGUGAAAAUGUCACCACUCUAAUUCGCCGAAAACAAGCUGGUAUUCCGCUAGAGGAGAAGCAAAGUGCACCACUAAUACAGCGAGGCAGCAGAACGUGGCCAGGAAUCUCUUACUUUGGAUCCAGUACUGAUGGUCCAGUGGAGCAACCAUGCAAGAAAACAGCCUCCAUCACCACUGCAAAGACCACCUUAGGCCACCUGAGAGCAGUGGAGGCCCGUGAAUCUAUGUACCAGUGCUAUGAGCAGCGGCACAGGGAGGAGCUGGCCCGGGCCGUGCAGGAGAGCCAGGUCCAGAGGACGGAGGUGCAGUGUUGGGAGGAACACUGGAGAGGCUUACUGAACACUCUGACCCAGCUCAACGCUGAGUGAGCACCUAGCAACUCCACACCAGAGCUCACCGUUUUCUACAGCAGGUCUAGACUAGAUUAAAAUGACAUUUCCAGUGACAAAUAAAAUCAUGGUUUGCA